AUGUCUAUCGCCGACGCACAAACAGUUUCCCACGGGCCUUGCUCGAAUGCGGCCGAGUGGAAAUCACAGCUCGAAUCAGCCUCGGGACUUCCUGAGUCAUACUCUUUGACCAAAACUCUUGUUUUCAAGCCAAAAACCCCAAAAUCGCAGACCGCUGUCCUUAUCGUCCUUGUCGCCCUAGAGGAUACAAACACCCCAUCUAGCCUCAUCGCAAAGGCGGUCGAUGUCAAAGAGCCUCGCAUGGCUGCCGCAGAUGCGGUCCAAACUGCGUUGGGAGUAGAACCGGCUAAUGUUUCUCCUCUUUCCAUCACCAAGGAAAACGCUACUGCUGUUCAGGUGGUGCUCGACAGCCGUCUGGUCGAGUCUACUUCUAAGAUCGCGGUUCACCCCUCAAAGUCAGAUGUAACCGUAUUUAUUUCAGGGGCGGAGAUCAAGACCCAUUUGGAGGGAACUGGCGUUAAGGUCACUGUUGUAGAGUUCGGAUUGGCCAGCGUCCAGGCCGCUUCAAAGGAGGUUGCUAAGGCUUCUCCAGUGAAAGUUUCAACAAAGAAGGAUUCCGAAAUCCACGGCGCGGAGCUUAUUGGUAUCACUACAAGGAAAGAAGCCGAUUUCUCGAACUGGUACCAGCAGGUUCUUACCAAAGGUGAUAUGCUGGACUACUAUGAUAUCUCUGGAUGCUACAUUUUGAAGCCGUGGUCCUAUGCGGUCUGGGAGAAGGUCCAACGCUGGUUUGAUGAUAACAUUAAGACCAUUGGAGUUGAAAACUGCUACUUUCCCAUGUUUGUUUCCGCAAAGGUCCUCGAGCGCGAGAAGGAUCAUAUCGAAGGAUUCGCUCCUGAAGUAGCUUGGGUCACUAAGGCCGGCAGCACCGAUCUCGAGGAGCACAUUGCUAUCCGUCCUACCUCAGAGACCGUUAUGUACCCCUACUACGCCAAAUGGAUCCGUAGUCAUCGUGACCUUCCCCUGAAAUUGAACCAGUGGAACUCAGUUGUCCGCUGGGAAUUCAAGCACCCCCAACCUUUCCUCCGCACACGUGAGUUCCUCUGGCAGGAAGGCCAUACCGCACACAUGACUCGCAAGAUGGCCGAGGAGGAGGUGAUGCAGAUCCUUGACUGGUACUCUGGUGUCUACUCUGAGCUUCUCGCUGUCCCGACUAUCAAAGGUAAAAAGACAGAAAAAGAGAAGUUUGCUGGUGGUCUCUUCACUACCACUGUAGAGGGUUAUAUCCCAACAACCGGCCGUGGUAUCCAGGGAGCAACAUCCCAUUGUUUGGGUCAGAACUUCUCAAAGAUGUUCAACAUCAUUGUCGAGAAUCCGGACUGGAAGGAGGGAGACCCAGAGGAAGAUAAGAAGGUGUAUGUGUGGCAAAACUCCUGGGGUCUGUCGACCCGUGUCAUUGGUGUCUGCGUCAUGAUUCACGGUGACAACAAGGGGCUUGUUCUCCCCCCUAAGGUGGCCGCUCACCAGGUUGUCAUUGUCCCCUGUGGUCUCACCGCAAGAACUACUGAUGAAGAGAGAAAGACUCUCUUGGAGGGCGUCUCUGAGAUCGCAGUCACUCUGCAAAAGGCCGGCAUUCGUGUCAAGGCUGACACUCGUGAGACCUACUCUCCUGGAUACAAGUUCAAUGACUGGGAGCUUAAGGGUGUCCCAUUGAGAAUUGAGUAUGGUCCCAAGGAUAUUGUGAAGAAGCAGGUCCUCUCCGUCCGUCGUGACAAUGGCGAGAAGACACCCAUUCCUCUUGAUGGGCUCGCAUCUACAAUUCAAACUCUCCUUGACACUAUCCAAUCAGAUCUGUACAUCAAGGCGAAGAAAUCAUUCGAUGAGCACACCAAGAUCAUUACCAAGUGGGAGGAAUUCACCCCGGCAUUGAAUGCCAAGAAUGUCAUCCUUAUUCCCCACUGUGACCGUGAGGAGUGUGAGGAUGAAAUCAAAGAACGCAGCAAGGGCACUAAUGAGGGCGGAGAGCCAGAAGACGCAAAGGCCCCAUCCAUGGGUGCCAAGUCCUUGUGUAUUCCGUUUGAGCAGCCAACCGGUGAACACGCCAUUGUCCCAGGAACUACAAAGUGCACCCAAUGUGGUGAGAAUGCAAAGCAUUACACACUUUUUGGAAGAUCCUAUUAG